AUGUUUGUCUCCGUCUGGUACGCGAAAAAGAUGGGCCGAAGGUUUAUCAGUAACGUGCGAAAAGCAAAGAGGCAGCGUCACUCUGCUAACUCACCCCCAGUGAUCGUGAACACAGAGACCCUGGAGGCACCUCCUUACAUCAAUGGCACCGACGGAGAGAUUGAAUAUGAAGAAAUUACUCUGGAGCGAGGGAACUCAGGCCUUGGAUUCAGUAUCGCAGGAGGGACAGAUAACCCCCACAUUGGAGACGAUCCCAGUAUCUUCAUCACAAAGAUCAUCCCUGGAGGUGCAGCAGCUCAGGAUGGCAGGCUCAGGGUAAACGACAGCAUUUUGUUUGUGAACGAUGUGGAUGUGAGGGAGGUGACACACAGUACCGCUGUGGAGGCUCUAAAGGAAGCCGGCUCCAUUGUCCGUCUGUACGUGAUGAGGAGGAAACCAACUGCCGAGAAACUGAUGGAGAUUAAACUGAUCAAAGGACCCAAAGGCCUUGGAUUUAGCAUAGCUGGUGGGAUCGGGAAUCAGCACAUUCCCGGAGACAACAGCAUCUACGUCACAAAGAUCAUCGAUGGGGGAGCAGCUCACAAGGACGGCCGUCUGCAGAUCGGAGACAAGAUCCUGGCUGUAAACAACGUCGGGCUGGAAGAUGUCAUGCACGAAGAUGCUGUGGCUGCUCUGAAGAACACAUCCGAUAUUGUGUACCUGAAAAUCGCCAAACCCACCAGCCUGUACAUCAAUGACAGCUACGCACCUCCAGACAUUACCACCUCGUACUCACAGCACCUGGACACAGAGAUGGGCCAUUCCAACUACCUGGCAACGGAUUACACACAGACCCUGACUCCCACGUCUCCACACAGAUACUCUCCCCUUCCCAAGGGCCUCAUGGGAGACGAUGACAUUCCCAGGGGUCUGUUGACUGUGUUUGACCCAUCUCUCUGUGACAGGGAGCCGCGGAGAGUGAUCAUACACCGGGGAUCGACAGGCCUGGGAUUUAACAUUGUGGGUGGUGAGGAUGGAGAAGGAAUAUUCAUCUCCUUCAUCCUGGCCGGUGGUCCAGCAGACCUCAGCGGUGAGCUCAGGAAAGGAGACCAAAUCCUCUCGGUGAACGGAGUGGAUUUACGGAACGCGACUCACGAACAAGCAGCAGCCGCCCUGAAGAACGCUGGACAAACGGUCACCAUCAUCGCCCAGUACAAACCCGAAGAGUACAGUCGGUUCGAGGCGAAGAUCCAUGACUUGAGAGAGCAGCUGAUGAACAGCAGCAUCGGAUCUGGGACCAGCUCACUCAGGAGUAACCACAAACGGGUCUUUUACAUCAGGGCUCUGUUUGAUUAUGAUAAAACCAAGGACUGUGGGUUCCUGAGCCAAGCUCUCAGCUUCCGGUUUGGGGACAUUUUACACGUCAUCGACGCCUCGGAUGAUGAAUGGUGGCAGGCGAGGAAAGUCCAUUCAGACGGAGAGAGUGAAGAGAUCGGAUUUAUUCCCAGCAAGCGGAGAGUCGAAAGAAAAGAAUGGCCCAGAUUAAAGAACAAGGAGAGGGAGAUGGCUGGCCUUGGUGAUGGUGGAGCGACUCAAGGGAGUCGGGACGAGAGGGUGUUGAGCUACGAAGCCGUUCUGCAGAUGGAAGUGCACUAUGCCCGUCCAAUUAUCAUUCUGGGGCCAACCAAGGACAGAGUCAACGACGACUUACUCUCAGAAUUCCCGGACAAGUUUGGAUCCUGUGUUCCCCAUACAACCAGACCGAAACGUGACUACGAAGUGGAUGGACGUGAUUACCAUUUUGUGGCGUCACGUGAACAGAUGGAGAUGGAUAUUCAGAGUCACAGGUUUAUCGAGGCGGGCCAGUACAACAGCCACCUGUACGGGACCAGUGUCCAGUCUGUGAGGGAAGUGGCAGAGCAGGGGAAGCAUUGCAUUCUGGAUGUAUCAGCCAAUGCGGUGCGGAGGUUACAGGCAGCUCACCUUCACCCUGUCGCCAUUUUCAUCAGGCCGAAGUCUCUGGAGAACAUCCUGGAGAUUAACAAACGCCUGACAGAUGAACAGGCACGCAAAGCCUAUGAGAGGGCUGUGAAGUUGGAACAAGAGUUUACAGAGUGUUUCUCAGCAAUUGUGGAAGGGGACAGCUUUGAAGAAAUCUACAUUCGAAUAAAGCAUGUCAUUGAGGAUCACUCUGGGCCCUACAUCUGGGUCCCUUCUCGGGAGAGACUCUAAGGACAAGCCCCUGAAAUCCUCAUCCCACCAACACUCCCCCACCAGUGACCUCAUCCACGCUACCUGCCCCUUCCUGAGCUUCGAACAGCCGCUAUCGUCUCUUGCAGGACCUA